AUGACUUCUUCGAUGAACACAAUCCUUGUCAUCGGAGGCACCUCCGGCAUUGGCCAAGCCUUUGUCCAGCGCUUCCAUAAGAUGGGCAAGAAGUUGAUCGUCACUGGCCGUCGACAGGCUAGGCUCGACGAACUCAAGAGCUCCCUCUCGGGCCUCGAAACCUACGCCAUGGACAAUACCGAUCUGGCUUCUCUGCCAAAGCACGUCGAGACUCUUACCAGGCAAUACUCAGACAUCGACACUGUCUGGGUUAACGGCGGUAUCCAAACUGCCUUUAGCAUCAAAGACCCGAACUCCUCAACAGACAAAUCUGUAAUCAACGAGAUCGAUACCAACGUCACUGCUCCCGUCGUUCUAGCUCGACACUUCAUUCCCUUCCUGCUCAGCACUGGUAGCGAGGCCAACUUCAUGAUCACGACUUCUGGUUUGGCUUUUAUCCCGAUACCUUCCUACCCUGUGUACUGCGCAACAAAGGCUUUCGUUCAUCACUUCCUGGUGGGUAUGAGACAGUCGCUGGCCGGUACAAAUGUGAACGUCAUCGAGAUUGCACCUCCACGAGUGGAGACUGAGCUGGAUACAGCGCACAAGGCAGUCAGUAAUAGUGGACCACCCAGCAUAUCAGUACAAGAUUUUACAGACAAGACGUUUGAGAUUCUGGAUAAUGGCAAGGCGAGCGAGUUGAAGGAGGUUGCGGUUGGAUUUGCUCAGAAUGGUGUCAGUGCUUGGAGAGGUGGAAUUGGAGCUUAUGAUGUCGUCGAUCGUAGUCGUCCUGCCUAUGCUAUGAUCUCGCCAAUGGACGCUCUUCUGCCGAGCUAUAAGCUUCUCUUCUUCGCCGCUAGCCGUGCUUGA